AUGCUAAUGCGACCCGUAGGAUGUAUGUACACCCUCGUCAUCAUAUCCCACCACACCCAAAACGAGGUACUGAUCCAAUCCAGGCUCAUGAGCGACUAUGAGGUCACACUCGUCAACGACAACAGCGGCCUCUGGAAGAUCCACGUGGAGCUGCCUGAUCAAUAUCCCUACAAAAGUCCUAGCAUCGGCUUCGUAAACAGGAUAUUCCAUCCCAACAUCGAUGAACUCUCCGGCUCCGUUUGCCUCGACGUCAUCAACCAGACAUGGUCGCCCAUGUACGAUAUGAUCAACAUCUUCGAAGUCUUUCUCCCACAGCUUCUGCGAUACCCAAACCCCACAGACCCCCUCAACGGAGAAGCAGCUGCUCUCCUGAUGCGGGAACCAAAGAGCUACGAUGCCAAAGUCAAAGAGUACGUCCAGAAGUACGCCAACAAGGAUACUGCCGAGGACUCUGACAAGGACAACGAUGACGACGAUGAGAUGAGCUCUGUAGGCAGCUAUGAGUCCGGUGACGAGGACGAAGCGGCGGGUAACAUGGAAGACAUCUAGGCCGUUUACAUGAUGACUGUCAGAUUUUUUUUCGUACCAUCCAUACUUGUUAUCAGCAUUGGCCAUACAUACCCGGACGUUCUAGGCGCAAUUGGCGCACACCCAGACUGCGCUAUCAUCAUUUAUCCCCACGGCGAUGGGUCUUUUUUUUACAACUUCUCCUUCUCUGUAACCUCUUCUACCCUUGGUGUAGAUUGUCGUUCACCAAUUCGACUGGGCGGUAGCGAAUGGUGUGAGGAGCCAGUGAAAGGUUUGUCGGGUUUUGAAUAUCACAGAUGUAUUUGGAUGGGUGCGGCCAUUAUCUUUCCUAUAGAUUUCCAACACUUUAAACUUCUAUCUAGUUCCG